UGUGUAUAGUUAAACCGUGGGGGGAAGUAAAGUGAAAGAUGAUGGGUGAAAUGAGUGGAGAUGAUGAACCUCUGACACCAGCGGGGAGGUUGUUCCAGCAACCACAGAUGAACCAAGUAAUCCACUGUGUGUUAGGUCUGAAGAAUCCAAUAGAUGUUGAUUUAAUAAAAAACGAAAUCCAGAAUUCAGUUAUGCUCCAACACCCUCGGUUCACAAGCCUCAUGGUUCGUGACCAUAGAGGCGUGGAACACUGGCGUCCAACCAAAAUCGACUUCGACAGCCACUUUAUAGUAAUCAACAAUCCAGUAGUAGUAGUAGUGUCUUCUUCUUCUGAGGAUGAAGAUGAUGAUGAAUCGGCCAUCAGCGAGUAUAUGUCUGAUCUAUGCACCGUAUCUCAACUGAGCAUGGAUAAACCCCUUUGGGAGAUACAUAUCCUGAUGGUCCACAAGUGCAUCAUAUUUAGAAUCCAUCACUCACUUGGAGACGGUAUUUCACUCAUGUCGAUGCUCCUCGCUGGCUGUAGGAAGCUCCAAGAUCCCCAAGCACUUCCCUCAAUAUCUAUCCCCAAUACUACUAUUAAACCUCGCCGCACUUUCUGGAAUAUUCUCGUUACCCUCUUUUUUUCUUUUAUCUUUCUCAUCCAAUUUAUACUCAGGUGUCUAUGGAUUCGUGACCGCAAAACCUCCAUAUCCGGCGGCGACGGCGUUGACCUCUGGCCUAGAAAAAUCGCCACUGCCACUUUUUCAUUGGAACACAUGAAGACAGUCAAAGCUUCCGUUCCUAACGCGACCAUAAAUGACGUUCUAUUUGCAGUUAUAUCGUCUGGAAUAUCAAGAUACCUGGACUUCAGAGAACCUAAUGGGCUGCGAGACGGUGUUCAGCUAACUGGAUUAGCUAUGGUUAACUUAAGAAAGCAGCCAGGAUUGCAGGAACUGUCGAAUUUGAUGAAAAGCAAUUCAGGGGCAAGGUGGGGGAACAAAUUUGGUAUGAUCCUACUGCCUAUAUAUUAUCAUAGAAGCAACAGCUCAGAUCCUCUAGAAUAUUUGAAGAGAGCUAAAGCAAUGAUUGACAGAAAGAAACAAUCUCUGGAGUCCCAUUUGUCAUACAAAAUUGGAGAUUUUGUAAUGUCCACUUUUGGUCCAAAGUUUGCUAGCUUGUUAAAUUAUCGGAUACUCUGCAACACCACCUUUACAAUCUCAAAUGUGGUUGGACCGCAAGAGGAGAUUACGAUUGGAGGCAAUCCAGUAACGUUCUUAAGGGCAAAUAAUUCUGCUUUGCCUCAUGCACUUGUUUUGAAUAUGGUGAGCUAUGCUGGAAAGGCAGACAUGCAAGUGCAGGUGGCUAAAGAUAUCAUUCCCGAUCCUCAGUUUCUAGCCAAGUGCUUUGAAGAUGCAUUACUUGAAAUGAAGGAGCAGGUUACUCCCAAAAUCUGACAUUAAUUUGGACAAAUUGUAUUUCUUGAAUGUGGGACAACAACUUGCAAUGACUAUUAAUAGAUGAGAUAUUCUCCAUACAUACAUAUGAUUACAAGCAAUGAACCAUCUUUAAGUUGGAAUACCAAUGGACUCUGUGAUCCACCCAUUACCAUUCAUAGUUUGUAUAAAUAUGUGCACAAAGUUCAAUGGAUUUGUAAUAAUUUACAACUAUAUAUUAAAAUAAAAACUUGGUACAGAAUUGUAGUGUGGGAUGGUGCAGCUUUGCAUGGUUUCAAAUCAAACAAGUUUCGUAUACUA